AUGGCUGAGGAGGUAAGAAAUUUAGGCUAAAUUUUUUUUAUAAAAAAAAGAUUUUACAGAACGUAUGGGAAGAGGGUUAUAUUUCGGCGAGCAGCUCCAAAUAUUGGUUCGUUGUUGUUAUCAAACAUGGAGUGACUGCGGUUUAUCCGAAAGCAAUUGCCGGUGAUGCGAGUUAUGGGGAUUUUUGUAGAGUUACAGUUCGGUGGGUUUUUUUUUGCUUGAAACGUAAAAAUCAUAUGAAAGUAUGUAUAGUUGGGCAUCGACCAAAUGAUAUUUUCAUGUUUUUUAAGCAAAUGAGUUGAAAUAUUGGGUUCUAAUGUUAUUCAUAUGAUAGAAUAGUCUAAAACGAACAGAAUGAUAUAAAUUUUGAUGAAUUUACCUUAUCCAUAAGUGAUUUAGCGAGAUUUAGUCGAUAAGGUCGCUAAAUCACUUAAGGAUAACGUAAAGUCAUCAAAAUUUAUAUCAUUCUGUUCGUUUUAGACCAUUCUAUCAUAUGAAUAACAUUAGAACCCAAUAUUUUAACUCAUUUUCUUAAAAAACCUGAAAAUGUCAUUUAGUCGAUAGAGGGAAGUGCUGAGAAAGAUGAUGUUAUCUCUAAAGAGCCAGAAGUUGAGAAUUUUGUGAAAAUCGUGUUUUUGAGAGCCCGUAAGUCAUGUUAGAGAGGUUUUUAUCAAAAAUAGAAUAUAGGGUGAUGUUCAGGAGGGUCGAUUUUCACAAAAUUCUCGAAUUUUGGCUCAUUUUUUGGGCUCUUCAGAGAGUCCGGGAUUUUUCGUGAUAAAUUGUACAAGAGCAACUAAAAUCGAUUAUUUUUUCCAGCAAAAAUCCGUUUCAACCAAACCAACGUGCUCAAUACACAGUGGUUCAAUAUGAGAAAAUUCCCCCGUUGAGUGAUUACAGACUCUAUGAAUAUGCUGGAGUUACCCAUGUUGUCGUAAGUUUUUUGUUAAAAAUUAUACCUAGCUCUCAAAAUUUGAUAUUUUUUGAAGAUUACUACAACGGCUGUGGUCACCGGAUUCACGGAUUAUCGUGGAAGAAGCGUUGCAUUGCUAUCUAACGAGACUUUCGGUAAAUCAAUGGAAAAAACAGAUUUCCCGCAUUCAUUUUCAAACGACAAAAGCAGCAUGUGCGCUCUAGCGACACAUAAAAUUUCGGAAAUUUCGAAAGUGUUUGCACACAGUGUAUCGCUAGAGCGCACAUGCUUCUUUUGUCGUUUGAAAAUAAAUGCGGGAAAUCUGUUUUUUCCAGUGUUUCUUGUGACAAUUGUGACAAUUAUGAAAAAAAGUUUUCCAGGAUCAUUUGUCGAUAUUGAAAGUGUUAUCAGAAAUGAUAUGGCUAGAGUGAAAUUCGAAUUCAAAGCACGAUCUUCACCAAUUGAUUCGUUUUUGACGAUUUUUGUUCCCUAUAAGCUUCUAGAGCAGCUUCCAGUGAGUACCUGAUUUUUUUUAUUAAAUCAAUUUGCUCUGAAUUUCAGCCAGAACCUCCGAAGCUUCCUACACGGCGAGCUCGAAGUCGAUCUGUUGGAGCGCCGAGAUUGGUCGAAGGAUUUGUAGGUUAUGAAAAUGAUGAUUUUUUUUGGGUUUGGUGCAAAGAAUUUGAUCACGAUGUGCAUUUGCAUAAGGAUUAUUGGUGAGUAAAUUUUUCCUAAAAAAUUUUUAUCCAAAAAACUUUCAGCCCGGAGACAAAUAUGACUGGAAGAUGGAUUGAAAUGUCAGUAUUACAAGAAAGAAAGACAAGAUACAAAGUUUGUCAAAAAGUACAUUUCAUUGAUGACGUCAUCAAAUGCCGUGUAGUCAAUGGUGUUCCGGAACUCAAUGUACAAUUGACGAAUUUCGGAGAAUUUGAUGGAGAACAUCCAGCUUUUCAUAAUAAUAUAAUUGGAUCGAUUGUGGAUGUUGAUAAAAUGAGUGGAGAUGUUCAAAUUGGCGAAGUUUAUUGCGCGUGGAUUGCGAGACAUAAAUGGGAAACAACGAAAAGUCGAUGGAAAAUAUCACCAAAACAGAAUGUUAUUGGAAAUGUGCCAAGUGUGAGAAAAUCGAAUGGAUUCUAUACGCCAAGGAAUCGAGAUUCAUCGGAUGAGGAAAGUGGAAGUGUUGUAUCUGGAAGGUAUUCGGAUGAGGAUGAUGAGGCAUUUAAGGGGAGAAAGAGAUCGGAGAUGCGAAGGAAGCAGGAGGAGAAUGAUCAGAGACAGUUGUAUGUGGAUUUGAAUAAUUUGACGAUUGGAGCGGGAGGGAAGAGAAGCUUGGAAGAUGAGGUUUGUUUAGGCUUGGGAUAAAUUUUUCAAGUUGUUUGGGUCAACAGUUUUCCAGUUUGAUCUGUUUUUCCAGAAGAAUCUUAUCUUGAAAGAAUUUUGUUAUCAUUUUGUGAUAAAAAAGAAAUUUUUCAAAGUUUUUUGUAAAAAUAGCAAUUUUAUCCAAAAAUUGAGAUUUCGGAAUUUUUAAAAAUUGAUUUUAUUAUUUUUUAUCGACUUGAAUCCAAAAACAAAAAAAAAAGGAAAAAAACAGAACAUUUCCUGUCCAAAGAUUUUUGAAAAAUAGCAGAUUUUAACCGAAAAUUGAGAUUUAGGACAUAUUUUUUAAAUUGAUUUUUUGAUGUUAAAAUGCGAAAAAAAAGGAAAAAAAUAUUUUUUCGAUAUUUUCUGAAUCUAAUUUUUUUUUUCUAUUUUUUUUAUCGACUUUAAUCCAAAAACCUAAAAAAAAAGAAAAAAUAGAAAAUUUCCUCUCCAAAAACCCCGAAAUUCAAGGCGCAUGUUGAAGUACUGUAGAACCUGCGUAUCUAACUUAAUUUGACAGAAAUGUUCGGUUAGAUAUGCAGGUGGUACGGUGUGCUCCUUUAAUCUAGUAGAUAAAAAUGAAUUUUAUGAAUUUUUGGACAAAAUCAUUUUUCAGAGUCUCUCUGGAUCUACACCAAUCGAUAAUUCAAGUGAUCGAACAAGAAGAGCCAACAAAACCACAAAUGUGGAUGAUCUCAGACUUCGAACAAUUAUGAAUGAUUUUUUGAAGUGUAAAGAGGUUCGAACAGCGAUGAAACUCGAAAAUUCGGAAGCCUAUGAAGAACUUUCCAAGAUUUUGAAUUUCAGAAUCUGAAACUGUAAUGUAAUUUAGAGAGUUUAGAGAUUUUUAUACGAAUAGCUAUUUUUUUUUUGAAAGCAGCUCAAGGCAUUUUUCUUUAUAUUUUUUGAUACGAGUUCUAUUGGUUUUGAUAUUGUUGAUGUUCUUUUUUUUGUGUAAAUUUUCUUGUUUUUUCUCUUUUCAUACCAAAAUUCCGCCCCGAAAAUCGUUCAAUCAGCGAUUUCAUAUCUUUUUUUCUUCAUUUUCACAAUCUCAGCUUCUCAGCUUUUCCUAUAUAAAAAAAUUUGCAGAUGAAACCGACGUUUUCGAAACUUCCACUGAUUAUUGGAGUUGCCGGUGGAACAUCGUGUGGAAAAACGGAAAUUGUUCGGACGAUCAUCGAGAAGUUGAAUAUGAACACGAAUACCAAUAAGAAAUCGGAUAGGGUAGGGUUUGAAGCGGAAAACACGUGGCAAAAUUGAGUUUUGAAAAUUUUGGAACUAGGAGUCCACUUGGAAAAUUUGAAAAUUCGAAAAUUUUGGAAGCUAAAAUCCACGUGGAAUUGUUGAAUGUUCAAAUUUUGAACCCAAAGAUCCACGUGGAAGUUUUAAGUUUCAAAAAAAAAUUUGGAAACUAAAAUCCACUUGGAAAUUUUAAAAUUCAAAAAUUCUGGAAGAUAAAAUCCACGUGGCAAAUUUUGAAUUUUGAAAAUUUUUGCGCCAGAAAAACACGUGGCAAUUUCAAAUCAUACCACGCCCAGCUUCGUGCCGAUCAAAAAUUGAAAUUGGCGGGGUGAUUUUUGAAAAAAUUUUGGCGGGGUGAAAACAAGGCAUUUUUUGAAAAAUUCUCAAAAAGCGGCCGAAAAUUUACUUGAGCAUUUUGGCGCGGUAAAAUCAAGCUUAUCUAGACCCCAAACAUCAAAAUGACUAAUUCGGAAAAAGAAAAUUAUUACAAAUUUUGUAUAUUUCCCAGGAAGAUCAUGGAAAAAUUCGAUUCAAACUGUAUUAAUUGUGUUUAUGUAAUGACUCAGGGAAAUGAAUACUCCGGAGAAACACAUAAACAGCUCUGGAGAAAGCCGAAAAUUACUCCGGUGCUAGCACUCGUUUUUCUCCUAAAAAGUUUUUGGGUAGUUUGGUGCGCUCUGGUGCUCCUCCGGGGAAAAAUGGUCGCUUCGGCGCUCCUCUGGAGCGUUUUCGGUUGAGGUUUGGGGGAAUUUCGGUGCGAUUUAGAGAAGUUUUGCGCGAAUUGGGUAAAUUUCUAUGUAUUUUCAGUGCGUUUCAGAAGAUUCCCAGCUGGCUUUUGAUUCGCUUGAUCAAAAACACGUUGAAUAGUUCACCUUUUAUUGAAUGAUUAAAAUGAUUACAAUUACUAAGGCUCGAUUUAGUACACAAAUAUGGUCGCUUCGGUAACCAAAUAGCCAAAUCCUUCUUCGUAGAUCGCUAUUUCGUUGAUAACUAUUGCCAAGUAACAUGAAGUGUUUUGAUUGUCGCUUUUAUGAUCUGAAAAUGAAACAUAUACUUAAAAUUGCACAUUUUUAGAAUUAGAGAGAAAAAUUCAAGAUGGAAUCGUAGCGAUUUCCUUUCUUAGAUAAAGCCAACUUUUGAGAUUAUUUUCGUGAAAAUCAACAAGUCAACAAUUAUAACCAACUUUUGAGAUUAUUUUCGUGAAAUAUAAGAUGUCAUGGUUUUUAGGAAGUGAAAAGAAACUCACUUUUGAAUUUCAUCUACUCUGUGAUCCACAUUGCGAAAUCGAUUUGAUGCAUAAUAUGAAUUGUGUUUUCCAGUUGUCGACUGUAAAAAUCACUUUAUGAAAAUACGGAGAUUGAUUAAAAACAUACCUGAACACUUAAAUAUCCCAUGAACAAAUCUUGCUUCCUCGAAAAAAAAUCAUUCGAAUCGUAGUUCCUUCCAGCGCGCCCAUUUUGACUGAAAAAUAUGAAAAAGAUAGUAAAUUUAUUUAAAAAAAAAAGCUUUAAGUUUGCGAAGUAAACAUGUGAAACAUAAAUUUACAAAAAAAAACGUGUGGUUUCUGAGAAAAAUAACUCAAAAUAGAAAAGAAAAACGAAAAAAUGAAAUCGAAUGCAAAAAAUCAAUAGUUGACCGCGACGCAGCGCAGCGCAUCCAAAAGUUUGAAAUUUUGAUCGCACCGGAGCUCCCCCUUUUCUAUCAAGAGAAACACCAGAGUUACUCCGGAGUAAAAAGGGGAAAUCGACGAGCGCUGAAAAUCACGACUCUUUCGUGUUUCUCCGGAGUGAAUUCGGGAAGUUUGGUGAGAAUUAGUGCAUUCUUGGGUAGCACUGGAGAAAAUAGCCCCUUUCGUGUUUCUCCGGAGUACUCAUUUUCCUGAGGAUGUUUGUGUUCUAAUUUAUUGUUUGCAUGCUUUCAUUUGUGAAUUUUUGUUAUUGGAAAUGCACGAUUUUGCUUAUGUCUUCAAUUCACCGCGUUUUGUAUUUCUACUUUCAACGUCUGUCUGCAAUCAAUCCCUGGUCCAAAGAUUAGGAAACAUUUCUGGAUGUCUUCUUUUCCACAGAUUUUUACAAAGUUCGAAAGAUUUUAGCAUUCAAAUUCAUUUUCCCUUAUUCUAAAAAUUCAGAACAAAAUUUAAAAAAAAUAAAAAAUUUCGCUGAAAGUCGAACUCGAACUUUUGUUAUGAGUUUGCAAGUCAAAAAAUUAUCCACUAGGCCACACACACACUUGCUAACCGCCUUGUUUGUUUGCCUUGAUAAGUUCGAUGUUUUUGUGUGUGCAACAGCGACGUUGUUAUUGUGUGGGAUAGCAGUUUUUGGGUAAUAACUUCAGAAUCAAAUGCCCAAUCCGAUUGAACAUUGUUGUUGGAGAUCCUCCAGUGCCCUACCCAGGUGAAAACAUCAGGAAAUGGAUGAAAUAAGAACAACUAUUCAUUUCAAAUUCAAUUUCAAUGAUUUUUUUUUCAAAACUGAAAAGAAAAUGUCUUACGGCAUCAAAUUCUUUGUUUCAACAGCCUACAUACAUCAAAAAAAGCUGGGCUUUCAAUAAAACCAAAAAUGCGAGGUGGAAAUUUCCUCUAACUCAAGUUAUUCUUGACCGUGCCGAUUGAAUUUUUCCUCAAAUGCAGUUUUUGAUGAAGAAAAACUUUUUUUUCGUAUCAUUAAGCAAAACCCGUAAUAGAAACUCAUAUUAUUUUUCGCCGGUGCACCUUUUGCGACCAAGAACGAGGCAAUUGGUGCAGUCUGAGAUGAGCUCUUCAAAAUUUGCGAAAAAACAGGCACGGUCACGUUUUAUUCCUCAAAUAACACGUAAAACAGUCUAGUUUUUUGUUUACACCUGGUAAAGGCCAUUUAGAACACUAUUUGAUUGGGAAAAAUCAAUAAAAAUGUCGAAAAUAUACAAAACUCUAAAUUUCAGACAAUUCGAAAGCAAAAUAAAAAAUUUAGGAGGAGGCGGGGGUUGAUCUGGGACCUUAUGAACAAAAACUCGCGCGCCUAACCGACUGAACUACCACACAUUUUGUGGAAGCGGGUGUGAUUGCCAAGAUAUACUUUAUUUUUUCCGCUUUUUUUGGCACUGUGGUUUCAAGUAAAAAUAAAAUUGUUGGAUAAAAAAAUUAUUGGCGCCGUGCAUAUGCUUCACCCUGGGCGUGGUAUGUUUCAAAUUUUGAAAAUUUUCGUGCCAACAAACCACGUGGAAUAUUUGAAAAUUCAAAAAUUUUGGAACCGAAUAUCCACGUGGCAAAUUUGAAAAUUUAACAAUUUUGAGCCGGAAAAUCACGUGGCAAAAUUUGAAAAUUUUUGAAGCAAAGAUCCACGUGGAAUUGUUGAAUUUUCAAAUUUUGAAACCGGAAAAACCACGUGGAAAUUUUAAAUUAAAAAAAAUUAGAACAAAAAAUUCACGUGGCAAUUUUAAAUUUUGAAAUUUUUGGAACCAAAGAUCCAUGUGGCAAUUUGUAAAAUUAAAAUUUAAAAAUUUUUGAACCGAAGAUCCACGUGGCAAUUUUUAAUUUGGAAAAUUUUCGCGCCAACAAACCACGUGGAAAUUUGAAAAUUUCAAAAAGUUAGAACAAAAAAUUCACGUGGAAGUUUUAAAUUUUGAAAAUUUUGAAACCUCAAAUCCACGUGGCAAAUUUUAAAUUUUAAAAAUUUGGAAUCAAAGAUCCACGUGGCAAAUAUGAUCACAAAUCUGGAUUUUCCAGCUAGAACGUAAAAUUAAGAUGUAAAAUUAAGAUUUUAAAGUUACAGAAUUUUCAGCUUCUGAAAAAAUCCGCUGAAAUUCCGUGAUUUUCAGCAUGAAACACAAAAAAACGUCUGAAAUUUCUAGCCUAAUUGUAAACAUUUUUCAGCAAUCCCGAAUCGUCCACCUCCAAAUGCACUCAUUCUACAAAGAGCUCAACGAGGAGCAGAAAAAGCUGGCGGCCGACGGAAAAUACAAUUUCGAUCACCCGGACGCGACUGAUUUCGAGAAAUGCGCAAAAACCCUGGAAAAUAUGAUGGAGGGAAAUACUGUGGAGAUCGCCAAAUAUGAUAUGACUACGAGUUCGAUGUGAGGACUUUUUUUUGUUUUUUUUAAGUCUGAAAAUCUUUUCUAGUGUUGGCCACGAUACAAUCGAACCCGCUGAUGUUGUGAUCAUCGAAGGAAUAUUGUUAUUGUACGAUGAGAAAGUUCGAAAUUGCCUGUCGGCCAAAUUAUUCGUUGAAAACAGCGCCGAAGUGAGAUUGAAUGCGAGAUGUGAGUUUAAAAAAAUGUUUUUUUAAUAUCGAAAGAUCAAAAGUCAAAAAAUGUCGAAAAAAAAUUAGUUUUUCAAGGUUUUUCAGCUAAAAAUGAUGACAAAUCGAGAUUUUUUAAGCUUCUGGAGUAAUUUCUGAUUGAAAUUGACCUUGGAAUUCACUUUCCAGAAGGUUUUGUUGAUUUUUCGUGAAAUAAAAUUCUUGAUCAAUUUCGAAAAAGCAAAAUAUGGUUCUCAAAGCUUAUUUUCAUCAGAAAGUAAAUUUAAAAUUUUUUUAUUUUACGAAAAAUCAGCAAAACCUUCUGGAAAGUGAAUUCCAAGGUCAAUUUUGAUCAGAAAUUACUCCAGAAGCUUGAAAAAUAUUGAUUUGUCAUCAUUUUUGGAUGAAAAACCUUGAAAAACUUUCGACAUUCUUUGACUUUUCGUAAAUUGAUCUUUAAAUGUUGAAAAAAACAUUUUUAAAACUUUUUUUUUCGUGUUCAAAAAUCAAUAUUUUCAAGUACAAAAAUAUGUGAAAGAAUACAAUCGCUCACCGAUUUCGGCCAUCGAACAAUACACCGAAUAUGUGAAGCCGGCUUUCGAGGAAUUUUGUCGACCGACGAAAAAGUAUGCGGAUGUUAUUAUUCCGAGAGGUGCGAAUAAUAGUGUGGCGAUUGCGAUGAUUGCGGUUAAUUUGCAGGUGGGAGAGAUGUUUUAUUGAUUUUUUUUGAGGAAGGGGGGAAAUUGUGUUCUGAAUUUUAAGUUCUUGAGAGCUUCUCUGUAAGGAGCUGAGCCUAGAAGUUUCAGUUGUCAAGGACCAGCGCCUUGAGAUCCACUUUUGCAAGGACCCGCUCCUUGAGAGCUUCUAUGACAAGUAGCCAAGCCUAGAGAUCUUAAUUGUCCAGGACCCGCAUCUAGAGAUCCACUCUGACAAGCAGCCGCGCCUUGAGAGUUUCUACGUCAAGUAGCUGAACCUAGAAGUUUAAUUCUCAAGGAUCAGCGCCUAGAGAUCCAGUAUGGCAAGUAGCCGAGCCUAGAGAGGCUUUUUCUCAAGUAGCAGCGCCUAAGAAACCUCAUUGUCUAGGACUCGCAUCUAGAUAUCCACUCUGACAAGGAUCAGCGCCUAGGGAGGCUAUAUCUCAAGUAGCCGCGUCUAAGAAACCUCAUUGUCUAGAAAUCGCUUCUAGAUAUCCACCCUGACAAGAAGCCGCGCCUAGGAAUUUUAAUUCUCAAGGAUCACCGCCCUAAGAGCUUCUAUGCCAAGUAGCCGAUCCUUGAAAUCCUAGAUUUCAAGGACCAGCGCCCAGAGAUCCACUCUGACAAGGAGCCAUGCCUUGAGAGCUUCUAUGGGAAGUAGCCGAGCCUGUAAAUCGUAGUUGUCAAGUUGCCGCGCCUUCAGAGAAUCUAUACCAAGUACCCGAGCCUAGGAAUUCCAGGUUUUCAAGUUGCCGUGCCUUGAGAGCUUCUAUGCUAACAAAAAUAAUUCAAAUUGGAGAUUUUUUGUGGAAAAUACUAGAAAUAUUGAAGGAUUGCUCAUAUUAAGUUCUAAAAUUAUUUUGAAAAAGGUUCCAAAAUUAGUGUAAAAUUCUGUUUUUAUCAAUUUCUUGAAAUAUUCCUUUCAACCUUUAAAAUCUUCUUUGAGAACCUGAUUGUCUAGGACCUGCGCCUAGAGAUCCACUCUGACAAGGAGCCGCGCCUUGAGAGCUUCUAUUCCAAGUAGCCGAGCCUAGGAAUUCCAGGUUUCAAGUAGCCGCGCCUAGAAAAAUCAAAUGUUCAUGUUAACAGGUUCUGAAAUUAUUUCCAAUUCAAAAAUUUUCCAGGAAAUGUUCCGAAAACUUGUUGUUUCAUCAAUGUCGAAUGGAGAAUCUUCGAUACUUUCCGAAAAUUCGGAAAAUAUCGAAAAUCAAGAGCAACGACCGAGAAAUGGAAGUUUCCGACGACCAGCUUCUCGACCACACUAA